AUGGACACCGUCAUGCACGAAUCCCCUCCUCCGCUGCCGGUCGACGACGAGCCCAAAUACGGCGGGUACAGCCGCUUCGAGAUCGAGCUCGAGUUUGUGCAAUCGCUCGCGAACCCCUUCUAUUUGAACCACCUCGCGUCGCAGAAGCUGCUCGACGAGCCCGCCUUCGUCGCCUACCUCGCCUACCUGCGGUACUGGGCCCGACCGCCCUACGUCAAGUACCUCAACUACCCGGGCCCGACCCUCAAGCACCUCGAGCUGCUGCAGGAGAGGCGUUUCCGUCAGGACAUCAUCAGCCCCGAGCUGGCCCAGGCCCUGGCCGCCGAGGGUGCCAAGGCCUCGGUCGAUUGGCACAAGGAUGACUGA